CUGUAUGUAGUAUGUAGUGUAUCUAGUACCUAGUACUACUUUGACAUUUAUAAGUUGUUAUAUGUCAACUGUAAUAUUUAAAAUAUGAAUAUAGAAGAUAUUUUGUACUAUAGUGUAUUAUAUUUUAGAGCAUAAUUAAACAUGGUAUCAUAUCCAUCAAUUAAUUUAGUAGAUUCAAUAAUUGAUGAGGUCGCAUUGGAAGGUUUAGAUGGUAUUACCAUAGAAGCAUUAUGGUUACGUUUAGCUCAUCGACUUCAUAACCCUUUACCAUUCUCAAAGCCAUUUAUGAUUCAAUUGUGGUCAAUAUGUGUACAGAUCAGAGAAUUUGCAUUUUACAAAUUGGAAACUGCAAGAGAACCACUUAUAAUUUUCGAUCGCUAUCAGUUUGUGGAUCCUGAUUUAGGUAUUAUAUUGGAACCAGAACAUGUACCGCCAGACAUUUAUCCACAUUGUCCUAUUAAUGAUGUUUCAAAUGGUAUUAAAGGAUCUUGUUCUACUUAUUAUACUCGAGAAGAUGUCACAGAAAUUGUAAGAAGCCUUAACUUAGAUGAGGCUACAAAAAAAUAUGGACAAAAAUUAGUUAUUGUUGCAUCACAAUCUGCUAGAAAUCAUGCCCUGAUGGGAGAUGAAGUAUCUCCAAUACUUGAAUUAAAUGUAACACAAUAUUGUUUUCUAGAAAGAGUAGGAAGAUCACGAUAUCAUGGUGAAGUUACUCAGGGGAAACUUAGUCUUAGUGCAUUAAAAGAGGAUCCUAAAAGUUUAUUUUAUCACAGAAAAUUUUUAUUACGCUAUAAGUUAAUAACAAAGCAAAUAUAUCAUCAGAAAAGUGGUAGCAGUAGUUCUAAUGGGAGUCUUUUACAUCUUCCAAGGUUCUUUGUUGAAAGAAAACCAAAAAUAAUUUUCUUGGCUGAAGAAGUUAUAAAAAUUCUCAAGUCAAAACCUAAUUGUGUUGCAGAAUAUGAUGAAAUAAAACGUAAGCUACAAAUUGAAAAUGCAAUAAAAAAAUUAUUUAAAACUUCAUUUUUUCAAAAAGUUGUGAAAACAGAUAUUAGAGUACCAUAUAGAACUUUAUAUCCUAAUGCACCACCAAUAGAAUGGCAGCGAAAGAAUAAUCCUAUAAAGGAGAAGAGAAUUAAAGUAGUACAGCUAUUACUGCCAAAUAUUGAUAUCCUUGAAGCAUGGAAUAAAGAUGAAAUACAAGACGAAGAUGAAUCUCAUGAAUUAAAUAUCUCAAAUCAUAAAUAUGGUGUACCUUACUUGAAACAAGCAAAUACAAUAAUUGAAGCUAAUGAAAUUGAUGGUGUAUGCCAAGGAAGUUUGGCUAAAAUAAUGGGGCUAACAAAACUUCAAUCACGGACAAUUUUGCGAAAUAUAGUUAAAACAAAUAUUGUUGCUACUUAUAUGAAUGAUAUUGGUAGACAAAGGAUUACAAAAUAUGUAUCAAAAAAAUAUGAAAAAGCUAGUAAGUUAAGUAAACAGUUUAAGAAAGAAAUACAUAAAAUUAAAGAGCUUACAAAACAAAUUGCAAUUGAAAGUGAUGACUUAGAAAAAACUAAGACGAUAAAAGAGAAUACUGUUAUUGAUGAUGAAAAAGAAAGUGUGAGAAAGGUAUUGAAAUCUGAUAUUGUGAGUAAGGACGACUUUUUACAAAAAAAGUCAAAUAUUGAAAAAGUAGAAUUGCAAAAAACGUUUAAUAUAGUUAAUCGAAUAUUAUAUAAAUAUCGUAUAACAAAGCGUCCAAAUAGAUACAAAUGCACUUUGUCUAACUAUUUGUCAGAUAAAAUCAACAAAGUUCAAGUAAAAGAAAAAAAUUCAUACUCUAAUAAUAUGUUACAACAAAUUUCUGAAUUAUCAAAAAAUGAAAAGGCAAUAGCAGCAUAUAAAAAUAUAAAAGUUGACAUUACAGUUUUAAGAUUAACAAAUGAAGAAAAAUCAGAAAAUGAAGUGUAUGGAUUUAUGGAAGAUGUACAAAAUAGUGAAAAGAAAAAUGUAACAAAUAUUACAUAUAGAUUAUUACGAAGAGCUAAUAUGAUUAUAGAAUCAGUGAAAGAACAUCAAGUCAUUGAUGAUACGGCAAAAUUGAUGAAGAUAAUACAUGAGGAAGAAGAUAAAGAAGGGUGUGAUGUGAAAAUCGAUAAAAAAUCGUUAAUAAGAUUGUUGCAAAAGCUUGCGAAAGAUAAUUUAGUAAAACAUAUAAAAAUAACUCUCAAUGGAAAUGGUAAAGAGAAGCAUUUAAAAUUUAUAUGUGACCCAAAUAUUGAUGUUAAUAGUGCUGUUAUUCAAUCAGCUGUAGAACAAGCAAAAUUAAAAUUCUUUUUAAUGACUUCUCAAAAACUUAAAUCAUCUACGAAACAUACAGAAAAUGCAAUAAAAUUUGAAUCUAAUGAAGAUAUUAAUAAUGCUAUAAAUAAAUCUGGAAAAAAUCAGUCUGCAGUAAUACCUACAAAUUCUAAAUGUGGUCCUAGAAUAUCAAGAAAAUACGGAUAUAGUCCGAAAUUUCUUCGUAUGCAAGCAUUACAUACCUUUUUAUUUUAUUUGGUUUAUGAACAUCCUGGCAAUCAAACUCUUUCGAAAGCGGAACAAAUAAAAAUUUUGCGAGAUAAUGAUUUUAACAUUACAGAAGAAUUAGCAGAAGAAUUCAAUACAAUUUAUACUAAAGAUGUUAGUUGGAAAAUGUUUAUUCCACCUUUGCCACAAUAUAAUGGCUGGUCUCGAGGAUGGACAUUAAUGUGUGAUAUUCUUUUACGACUUCCUUUAUCGAUAUUUUUAAAGAUUCAUUACAUUUCAUUUGUAAUACCAGAUAUGGAUAAAUAUAUAAAUCAUCCUAUUCGAAAACAUUAUUUAGUUAGAGAUUUACCAAUUGACGUUCGAAAUUCUUUACUUUAUUCACGAAAGUAUAUAUUUCAUAUUCAUGAAACUAUAACAAGAUUAUGUUAUAUUGGGUUAAUACAAUUUGGUCCACAAAAAUUAAAAGAGAAAGAUCAAGUAUUUAUUUACGUGAAUCGUCGUAGCGAACUAAUGGAUACGACAUCUUCUGCUCCUGGUUAUCACAUAAUUGAAGAUAAAUCUUACCCCAUAAUUAAAUAUAACUUUGACGAAAUUCAGGUAAUUGAGAAGUACUGGUAUGAUAUGUGGAAUAUAUGUAUGAACACACCAUUAGGCGGUCGACUUGUUGUUCAAGGAAAAGAUAUAGUAUUAGAAGAUUUAAAUAAGAAAAUUGAUAUGAUCAACGCAGUGGUAGCUCGUUCUCCAGAAGAAGCUGCGAGAUUAGAUACCGGUAAAGUACCUGGAGAUCACAAAGGUGCUGCUGGAAUAGAUUCAGCAUGUUUUGCUCAUCUUAAAAGAAAUUGGAGUUGGGGUUUCUCUAGUUCUGAAAUUCAGCAGACAAAAAAACAGCAAAAUGUAGUUUAUGAAAGAGAUUCGUAUCUUUCUAAAAUAAAAGCAAAACCUAUUAGAUUCACUGAGUUUUCCGGUCUGAAAACAGUAUCUGGACCACCUUCUUUAAGUGCCACAGAAUUCAGAAAAAAGGUACAAACUAAAAAUAGUGAAAAUUUGGAUCAGCAGAACAAAUAUGAAGCAUUGACAUGUCAACGAAGUGCGAAGCAAAAAUCCUACGUUAGGAGAGUAUUACCUCGUAAAUGUAGUAAUAAAAAACGAACAAAAUAUGACGAAGUUGAUUAUCGAGCAUUGCAACGGAUGCAUAAGUUACGAGUAAAUUGGGAGUCAUAUGAGGAUAAGAUUUUGCUUGUUUGUAAAGUAGCUAUGGUAUAUCUUUGUCCAAAUCCACGUAAACAAGUAAUAACAUUUUCGGCAGUAAGAGAUGUACUACGAACAUAUUCAUACAGUUCACACAACAAAACAUCAAGAGCUUGUCAACGACGACUUUUAUAUAUGCUCAGACAACAACGAAAUGUUGACAUUGUUGCAUUAGGAGUUGAAGAGCUCAAACAGAAUUUCUUCCUCAAAAAACGCUUUGGUGGUAUUGUGGAUAAACUUAAAGAAAAACAUAAAAAUUCCUCUGAAUAUGAAAAACAAGUUACAGAGGCGUUUAAAUCACUUAUUACUUAUAUUGCAAAGAAAUACUAUGAUAUUUCAGAUGUUGGAUCUAAAGAACCAUUGCCUGUGCCAAAAACAGUGCAAGAAUUUAAUUUAUUUUAUAAAAUUGUACAUCCUACAAAACCAUUCUAUAAUCGUGGUUUCACGAAAGAUAUUCGGAAUGUCAACGAUAUACAUUUUUCAGUCAUAAAUUCUGUCAUUAAUAGUUCCAUGUGUUGUGGAAAAGACAGAAGAUCCUGGGCAUACCAAUUAUUCAAAAUAUAUCAGCAAUAUCCAGAGAUGUUAUUAAGAAAUGCUAUGGCAAAAAGUCGUAGCGAUCAAAUGGUUACCAUUAAAAAGAAUCAAUUGACUAGUAUAAGAAAAUAUGGUAAUUAUAUGCCGAUGAGUAGCUCUCAGUAUCAAUUAAGCAGUAAUUACAUAUAUAAAUUUCACACUAAAUGGCCGUAUAAUAUAUUCAAAGAAUCAUAUGAUGUUUUCUAUAAACUUAGUAAUUGGUACUGUCAUAACCAAAUGAAUGAUCAAAGUAAAGCAUCAGAUAAUUUUAAUGGCAUUGAAGUGUUUCCAACUACUGGUGGUUUAAUAGGAGCUAUACAUGACUAUAUCGUACAAGAUCAAAUAGAUUUUGAUAUUGAAAUACCCGAUCAAGUUAUAAUGCUUGAUCCUAGAUUAAAUGAAAAAGAUGAAACAUAUUUUAGAAUAGCUAAACGAUAUCAAGAUGUAUUAGCUAAUUUAGAUAAUUUGAAAUUUAUAAAAGAAUUUUCUUUGCAAAACAGUAGUGCAAUUGAUCUUGAAGAGCAUAACGACAAAAGCUUCGAUUCUAAAGUUGAUACUGUACAUUAUAACAAUAUAUGUAAUGCUAAUGGAAAAUUAAAUAAAGAGGGCUUUUCGGAUUUGGAUACAGAAAAGAAUACACUUUUACAAGAAUUUGAAGGUGAGAAAAGAAAUUUCGAAGAUGCGAAAUCUUUUAUUGACUAUGACGAAAUAAAUUUCGAUACUGACGAGGAGAACGGCCGUAAUGUAAUUGACGAUGAACAGAAUAUAAUUAAAUUUCAAGAUGGAACUAAAAUUGUAUUAAACACAGAUGAUGUCGAACGUUCAACACUUUGUGAUGAGAAUUUAAUAAUGGAAACAGAUGUGCAAAUAAACAGUACUGAAGAAAGUUUAAAUAAAUUGUCUGAAUUUGAAAAUGAAAUCCAGGUACAAUAUAAUUCUGUAUUAUUAUCAGAAAGUGAAAGCAAUAAAUAUGAGGAUAAAAUAUUAAAUAUCGAAAGUCCAUCUUCAUCUCAUUUAAAUCCACAAUUGAAUACAGAUAGGAAUAAAUUAGUUACAUCUGAAAGAAAAAAACGAAAGAAUGAAAUGUUUGAUUUAAAUGAACCUAUUCCAAAGAAAAUAAUAUUAGAUCAUGAUAUCGUCAAUGCAGAAAAGAGUGAAGAAGUAUUGCAAAAGAAUGAUGUUAUUUUAACUGAAAUAUCAAAUAAAAUACAAAAUGAAAAUUCAAAGGAACAUUCCAACAAUAAAACAACUGAAAUUAAUAAUGUAAAAUGUAACAAUGAAAAAGAUAUUUCAAAUAAGGAGUUUGAAAUUUCAUUACAAUCAAGAAAAAGUGAACAUGGCUUUACACGUGUUAGUGAUAUUUUAAAAAAUAUUCCUACAGAACAGAAUUAUUUGAAUUCAUGUUGCAAAAUUGAUGAUAUACACAAGCGGUAUAAUCGUAUAGCUUUAUUACGGAUGAGAGAAGAAUUAAGUGAAUUAACAGUAGCAGAUAGCCAUCAUGCACAUGAAUAUUUUGUAGUAAAUAUGUUUAAAGUUUUUUAUUCUUUAUAUCGAUCAAAUUCACAAAAUGUCAGAGAAGUUUUUAGAGAUCUUCCAAUACCCUCAGACUUAUUGCCUUUAAGAUUAAAUACUAUAAAUGAUUUAAUACAAGAAGUAAAUAAAUUUGCAGUUUUUCCUAAGAAUAAUAUUUCAUUCUCUGAUUUAAAAAAAAUUUUACCUAAUGAUUUUUCAUUGAAUUUGAACAAUAUGGACACAGUUUAUGAAUUUGUAUGUGACAAAAAAGAAUUUGGAGCUACUAUUCAAGAUUUGAUAGAUGAAUUUGAAGAUCUUUUAGGAGAAAAUUUAUAUCAAAUUGUUUCUUUCUUUACCAAUAAUCAUCUAUUUUUGCGAUCUGGUGUAACUGUAGUCCGAUAUAUACAUCAUCGUUAUGUUGAUUCUUGGUUAAUAAACUCAUAUAAAAUAUGCCGUCUUGAGAAAGAAUCACUUAUACCAGUGCCGAAAGGAACUAUAUAUGUGACAGAACCUAAAGAAGCAUCAAACAAAGAUAAUGAUGUAAAUACAAUAAAAGAAAUCAAUCAAAGUCCCACUAAAUUAUUGGAAAAAGAAUCAUCUAAAAUUGCCAGUGGAAAUAUAACUGGAGAAGAUGUUCAGCUAGAAAUAAAAGAUAGCAAUGAAAAUAAAAGUGAAGAUUCUACUAAAGAUACAUCUAGUCAUAGUGAUGAAGAAUAUAAUACGGAGAUGAAGAAAAGAAUGCCAAGAAAAAGGAUUAAAUUACAUCACCAAAAAGAUACAUCUAAACCUGUGAAGCAAUUAAAUUCAAAUUCAAAACAAGAAAUAAAGGUAGUUAUAAAACCAUGGAUUCGAAUAGAUGGUGUUUUAAAUCGUAGAGUAUUUGAUCGUAUGUUGGGAUCAAUUUUGUCAUACUGUUUAACGCAUCCAGGUAUAGCGUUAUCUAAAAUACAAUAUAGAUUUGUCCCAGCUCUUCAACCAUGUCAUACACGAGAAUUGAUCGAGAUAUUGGUGAAAUUAGGAUGUUUGGAAAAAAUUCUCUUGAAAAAAUCACGUGUAACAUUAUUUUCGAAGCCAUCAGAAAUUAAACCAAAGAUUGCAAAUAAUGAUUGGGCUACUGAAGAAAAUAUUUUUAUCGAACCUAAAAAUGGAGCAAUGUUAAAAUUUGGAAUAUUUUUAAGUACUAAAAUGUAUAACACAGAUUUUAUUACUUAAUUAGUAAAAACUGAAUUU